AUGGCAGACCAGGCACCACCGUUUGCACUCGAGUCGGCGGCCAUGCCGCUGCGCGACCUCCCCGCCGGUAGCUACCUCGUCCACGCGACGAACUGCAUCGCGACAUGGGGCGCGGGCAUCGCCGCCGAGAUGGCGGACAUAUUCCCUGCGGCGUGCCGCGAGUACCAGCGCUUCUGCUUAGAGGAGGUUGGCGGCGGAAACAGCAACAACAGAAACGGUGGUGGAGGCGAUAGCAGGGGACACCCGAGCAACAGCCGCGACGCCGCGCCGUCGCAGCAUCACCGCCGCCGGUGGCCGAGCCAGUCCCCCAUCGCAGGCCGCUGCCUCGUCAUCCCGCCGCAGGACGCCGACGUGCGCGCCGGCGCGCCGCGCGUGCACAUCGUGUGCCUCUUCACGAGCAACGGCUUCGGGAGGGCGGACCCCGCGCGCGGCAAGCCGGGCAGGGACGCGCCGGGCCGGAUCCUGGAACAAACGGCGCGGAGCCUGAAGGAGUUUCGCGCUGCGCUCGCGGAGGAGGAGGAGACAUCAUCAUCGGCGCCGGUGGCGCAGACAGGGGAAGGUACUGGCUCCGGCGGCGAGGAUGCGGCGGCGUCCCCCGUCGUCUACUCGCCCAUGUUCAACUCGGGCGCGUUCAGGGUGCCGUGGGAGCAGACGGAGGCGUUGAUACGGGAUGAGUUUCGGGGCUGGCCGGGGAGAUGGGCUGUUCUUGCGCCGCCGGGGUCGGCGUGA